CCAAACAAGAACAUUUCUGGGUCUUGUUCCAUUUACCAUUUGCCACAUUUUCAACGGUCUGGAUUAUCAAACCAUUGACCCAACAUGAACAAACGGUCUGGAUCACCUUGCAACCUCUAUUUGAAUGAGACGCCAGCUCCCACGAGUUUCUCCAACGACACUUUUCUUCUCCCACCAUGCAAGCCUUCAACCUCUCUCCUCCUCUCUCCUUUCUACUCCUUUGUAUUCUCCUCUUCUUCUACUUCUUCCGGUUCAAGUGGACCGGCCGGUCCAACCCCAAGACCGGGCCCAAGAGGCUGCCACCCGGUUCGAUGGGAUGGCCGUACAUAGGCGAGACACUCAAGCUCUACACACAAAACCCAAACACCUUCUUCUCAAAUAAGCUAAAACGGUAUGGUGAUAUAUUCAAAACCCAUAUAUUGGGGUGUCCCUGCAUCAUGAUUUCAAGCCCAGAAGCAGCGAAAAUCGUGCUGGUGAGCCGGGCCCACUUGUUCAAGCCCACAUACCCAUCAAGCAAGGAGAAGAUGAUUGGACCACAAGCCAUUUUCUUCCAGCAAGGUGACUAUCAUUCAAGGCUCAAGAAGCUGGUUCAAGCCUCUUUUCUCCCUUCUUCAAUCAGGGGAAGUGUCUCUGAUAUUGAGACCCUUGUUCUCAAAUUCCUCCCUUCGUGGGAGAAUAACACCAUCAACACUCUCCAUGAAAUGAAAAGGUUUGCUUUCGACGUGGCAAUGCUUUCCGUCUUCGGCCCGAAUGCGGAUUUAGAGACAGAUGGGAUUAAGGAGUUGUAUCGUUGCUUAGAGAGAGGUUACAAUUCAAUGCCAUUGAAUCUCCCGGGAACUUCCUUUCACAAAGCAAUGAAGAUACUUGGGUUUUGCAUUGAAAUGCAGGCAAGGAAGCUUCUCCAAGAGAUGCUGAGGACAUUGAUAGAGAAAAGAAGGGAAGAGAAGAAGGAAAGUGGUGGACUGUUAGGUGUAUUUUUGGGGUCUAAAUAUCAAAAGCUUCUUGAACUGAAUGACACCCAGGUUGCAGAUAAUAUCAUUGGAGUGAUCUUUGCUGCUCAUGACACAACUGCAAGUGUACUCACAUGGAUUUUGAAGUAUUUGAGCGAUAAUAGAGAUUUAUUAGACUCUGUUACGAAAGAACAUGAGGACAUUCAACUGGGAAAAAUCAAAGAAAAGCGUGGACGACUGACAUGGGACGACACGAGAAAAAUGACAUUGACUAAUCGGGUGAUACAAGAGACAUUGAGAGCGGCAAGCGUUUUGUCAUUCACGUUCAGAGAAGCAGUUGAAGACGUGGAGUUGCAAGGCUACGUCAUACCCAGAGGCUGGAAGGUUCUUCCCCUCUUCAGAACCAUCCAUCACUCUCCUUCUUUCUUCCCCCAUCCCGAAAAGUUCGACCCUUCAAGAUUCGAGGUAGCACCAAGACCCAACACGUUCAUGCCAUUCGGCAAUGGGGUGCACUCAUGCCCAGGCAGCGAGCUAGCCAAGCUCGAGAUGCUCGUUCUUCUCCACCACCUCACUACCAAAUACAGGUGGGAGGUUGUUGGUGAUGAGGAUGGAAUCCAGUAUGGUCCUUUUCCGGUUCCCAAACAUGGCCUGCCUAUAAGGGUAACCACAAGGAAGAUGGACGGUAUCAAAUCAAAGAUCUGAGUCUUUUUUUUUUUCUUUUUUUUAAAUAAUCACAUGAAGCUAUUUCUUAGAUGGAGGAUGGAUAUUCCAUGGGCCACAGGAAAACCAACAUGGCCCCAUGAGUUUUUUCGUCCCAAGAAGCUUCAUAUAUAUUGUGAUU